GGAAAACACCCCGAUACCUUUUACCACACCAGCCAAUCAGCUCAGUGAAGCCUUUUAUCAGGCAAGUCACGCUCCGAGCGGCCAAUGAAAUUGAAGGUUCUGCCCCCAUACCCAACUCUGAUUGGCUUACAAUCCCGGAACAGGCGUUAACCCAGAGAAGGCAGUGGCAAGAUGGCCUCCCUGGAUCGAGUGAAGGUACUGGUGUUGGGAGACUCAGGUGUUGGGAAAUCUUCAUUAGUCCAUCUUCUAUGCCAAAAUCAAGUGCUGGGAAAUCCAUCAUGGACUGUGGGCUGCUCAGUGGAUGUCAGAGUUCAUGAUUACAAAGAAGGAACCCCAGAAGAGAAGACGUACUACAUAGAAUUAUGGGAUGUUGGAGGCUCUGUGGGCAGUGCCAGCAGCGUGAAGAGCACAAGAGCAGUAUUCUACAACUCUGUAAAUGGUAUUAUUUUAGUACACGACUUAACAAAUAAGAAGUCCUCCCAAAACUUGUAUCGUUGGUCAUUGGAAGCUCUCAACAGGGAUUCGGUGCCAACUGGAGUCUUGGUGACAAAUGGGGAUUAUGAUCGAGAACAGUUUGCUGAUAACCAAAUACCGCUGUUGGUAAUAGGGACUAAACUGGACCAGAUUCAUGAAACAAAGCGCCAUGAAGUUUUAACUAGGACUGCUUUCCUGGCUGAGGAUUUCAAUGCAGAAGAGAUUAAUUUGGAUUGCACAAAUCCACGGUACUUAGCUGCAGGUUCUUCCAAUGCUGUCAAGCUCAGCAGGUUUUUUGAUAAGGUCAUAGAGAAGAGAUACUUUUUAAGAGAAGGUAAUCAGAUUCCAGGCUUUCCUGAUCGGAAAAGGUUUGGGGCAGGAACAUUAAAGAGCCUUCAUUAUGACUGAGUUACACUCGUCCUUGGAAGAGUGAGCAAGCAGUGGCAGUCUUUCACAGCUUUCCUCUUGCUGUGUCAAUUAUUACCAUUACAGCCUUUUAAUGAAGACGUCUUAAAAUGCUACCCUUCAGCCUCACCCUUUAAUGGAAAAAUGAAAGGUAGUGACAACAUGGGAGGUCCAAACUUUGUUCCUGUUCUCUGUAUUCCUCACCUUUCUGUCCCUGUUUAUAGAUUAUGUAAAAGCCUUGUGGAAAUAUGAGAUGAUGUCAAAAUGAUGCAGUAAAUGAGCAAUGACAGUGAACUCCAAAGAAAAUUUACUCUUGCCUAGAACUGGAGGGUUUUUAUGGGUCUGUAAUUUUCCCACACUCACUGCUGAAGGCUUAAGUACAGUACUUGAAAAAUGUAUCUCUAUUGUUUUACCUUCUUGAGGGGAAAGGUCCUGUUAACCAGCCCUGAGUUGUCCACCCCAAACAAUCUCUGUCAUUUUCAAAGAUGCAAAAUGGUGUUAUUUAAUUGUCUCUACCCUCAUCACACACAGAAAUGUCUAAUAAUAGCAACCCUGUCUCCCUCUUCUCUCCUUUGCAAAUGGCUCAGUGGCUGGAAGAGGCGGACUAAUAGCUAGAGUUAAAUAUAAAUACAGAUUAAUAAUACAUACAGAACAGCAAUACCAGAAAAAAAGAAUUCUGGUAAAAUGAUGUGAAAAAUUGACAGCUCCCUUACUCUUUAGGUUGCUGCUGUCUGCAGUCUCUUGCUGUUUUAUUUGGAAAUAGGUAGGGUAAAAUCUAAGACCUGCACAAGGGCACUGAGAGACAUUUAUAGCCUUCUCUCCAUUUUUUUUUUUAUUUUCAGGAAAAGUCAAUUCCUGAAAUGUCCCUUAGCUAUAGUCAGAAAACUGAGAAUAUUAUUCUUGUGUCAACAAUUUAUUUAUGGAGAGAAGUAAAAAUAAGUUCCACAGCAACACAUUUACAUGAAUUAUGAACUAGGAUUCCUGGAUUUCAUAAUCACUUCAAAGCUUUUUGGGGGUGGGGAGUGUGUGUGUGUGUGUGUGUGUGUGUGUGUGCGUGUGUGUCCAUAAUAGUUCAUCAUUACUUUUUUUAACCCAUCUUUUUGCUUGCUUAAUCUUCUCUGCCCCAGUUCUUCCUUAGCAUAUGAACUUGAUUUCUAAAAACAAUUUAUUCAGCAUUUUAUCACCCAUAUUCUCUCUCUGGCUCUGGUGCUGAUCCUUGUACUCCUGAUUUUGCUGUAUACUUUUAAAUAAUAAUAAUAAUAAAUACACAGUUUUUGUUUCUCAUUUUAAAAUUAGGUAGAAAACACCGAAUUCACUUUCUAUUCCAUUUUAAUUAGGUUCCAGAAGUACCUUGGAAAUCAAGGUAUGCUGCAAGAGGAUAUUAAAAUAAGAAUGUUAGAGAGUCCUUUUAGAAAGGCAGUCUUGGGAAUUUGGAAAAGGAUUUUUAAAUCAGCUUUCAUCAGCUAGACUAUUCUCCAGCCUUUCUUUACUUCCUCUUUGAAAGGAUCUACCCCUGGUUUCUUUUUGACAUAAAGAAGAGCUAUGCAAAUCAUGAUCUGUAUGUAGAAUUGGUCACAGUAUGUUGUGGCAUAGGCUGUAUAGUUGGGAAGUAGAAACCAAAUGUUUCACAGAGACUUAAACCAACUAAAACUCUUUGUAUUUCUCCUUUAAAAAAUAAAUCAAAACCCCUUCCUUCCCUCUGCUUUCUUUAUCUUUCUUUUAAUUAAAAAAAAAAAUUAUCCUGAACUUUUUAUUUUCUACAUCAUAAAAAAUAAAAAUAGGCCGAGCACAGUGGCUCAUGCCUGUAAUCCCAACACUUUGGGAGGCCAAAGUGAGUGGAUCACUUGAGGUCAGGAGUUCAAGACCAGCCUGGCCAACAUGGCGAAACCCCGUCUCUACUAAAAAUACAAAAAUUAGCCAGGCCUGAUGGCACACCUCUGUAAUCUCAGCUACUUGGGAAGCUGAGGCAGGAGAAUCACUUGAACCCGGGAGGUGGAGGUUGCAAUGAGUUGAGAUCAUGCCAUUGCACUCCAGCCUGGAUGACAAAGCAAGAAUCCGUCUAAAAUAAAUAAAUAACAAAAAAGUAAACCAUUGUUGAUGGUUCUGGGGUCAAGCUGGAAAAAUUAACAGUAUUCCUCAACUCCAUUUCUUUCUGCAGCCAAGCCUGAUUCCUUGAAUUAUAGUUUUCUAAGAAAAAGUAGUUUUUAAUAAUCUAAGGUAAAUUUGUUGCAGUUAUUAGCAGCAGCAUAAUAAGGCUUUUCACCCAAAUGAAUGUUAUUAGCUAGAGUUCUUUAAAAAAGAAUGUUUUUGAAGUAUACUUUUUGCUAGGACUUCUUGAGAACUACUCAUGAAAAAUGCUUAUAGAUAAUAAGUAUACAUGUCAAAAUAUAUUUUUUUUGAAGUAUAAUUGACCAGGUGCUGUGGCUCACACCUUUAAUCCCAGCACUUUAGGAGACCGAGGCGGGAGGAUCAUUUGAGCCUAGGAGUUUGAGGCUGCAGUGAUUCAUGAUUGCACCACUGCCUUCCAGCAGCCUGGAUGACAGAAUGACUAUUUCUUUACAUAUGUAUAUCUUACUCUCUUGAUGGGACAAGUUGGUAGCAAUAAAGAUUUUUUUUUUCUGUUG